GCACGCGGAUGCCCCGCCCCGCGCGUGCGCGCUCCCGCGUGGCGUGCGCCGUGACGCAGCCGGUCCGCCGCGCGAGGAAGUGGCGCUGUUGUUUGAGCGACGGGACCGUCUCGCUCUGUCUCGUGGCUCGAUCUGAGGAGGUUUUACCGUGUCUCGAGUAAUGGCUGCUGAGGUGAAUGGCAGCUCCGGUCUGCUGAAAGAAGAGGAGGAGCCCAUGGAUGUGACGGCCACACACUCAGAGAACUACCAGACGCUGCUGGACGCCGGUCUGCCGCAGAAGGUGGCCGAGAGCCUGGACAACAUCUUCCAGACAGGGCUGGUGGCGUACGCGGAUCUGGACGAGCGGGCGCUGGACGCGCUGCGGGAGUUUAAUGAGGAGGGAGCGCUGUCAGUGUUGCAGCAGUUCAAGGAGUCCGACCUCUCACACGUGCAGAAUAAGAGUGCCUUCCUGUGCGGCGUGAUGAAGACGUACCGACAGAGAGAAAAGCAGGGCAAUAAAGUGCAGGAGUCCACGAAAGGCCCCGACGAGACCAAGAUAAAGGCUCUGCUGGAGAGGACGGGAUACACUCUAGACGUCACGACAGGACAGAGGAAGUACGGCGGCCCUCCUCCAGAGGAAGUGUUCUCCGGCCCGCAGCCCGGCAUCGGCACCGAGGUGUUUGUGGGGAAGAUCCCGCGUGACCUGUACGAGGACGAGCUGGUUCCUCUGUUUGAGAAGGCCGGCUCCAUCUGGGAUCUGAGGUUGAUGAUGGAUCCGCUCACCGGUCAGAACCGCGGCUACGCCUUCAUCACCUUCUGCAGCAAAGAAGCCGCGCAGGAGGCUGUCAAACUGUGUGAUAACUACGAGAUCCGGUCGGGCAAAUAUCUGGGCGUCUGCAUCUCCGUGGCCAACAACCGUCUGUUCGUCGGCUCCAUUCCAAAGAACAAGACCCGGGAGAGUAUCCUGGAGGACUUCGGCAAAGUCACAGAGGGUCUGCAGGAGGUCAUUCUGUACACGCAGCCGGACGAUAAGAAGAAGAACCGUGGCUUCUGUUUUCUGGAGUAUGAGGAUCAUAAGUCGGCGGCUCAGGCGCGGCGCAGGCUGAUGAGCGGGAAGGUGAAGGUGUGGGGGAACCCGGUGACCGUGGAGUGGGCCGACCCGGUGGCCGAGCCCGACCCAGAGGUCAUGGCCAAGGUGAAGGUGCUGUUUGUGCGUAAGCUGGCCACGCCGGUCACAGAGGAGCUGCUGGAGAAGACCUUCUCUCAGUUCGGCAAACUGGAGCGCGUCAAGAAGCUGAAGGACUACGCCUUCGUUCACUUCGAGGAGCGAGACGCCGCCGUCAAGGCGAUGCAGGAGAUGAACGGGAAGGAGCUGGGCGGUGAGGAGAUCGAGAUCGUUUUGGCCAAACCUCCAGAUAAGAAGAGGAAAGAACGACAAGCUGCCAGACAAACCAGCAGAAACACAGGGUAUGACGACUAUUAUUACUACCCUCCCCCCCGCAUGCCUCCUCCGGGGCGUGGCCGCGGGCGUGGUGGGCGGGGCGGAUACGCCUACCCGCCCGAUUACUACGGUUACGAGGAGUACUACGACGACUACUACGGUUACGAUUACCAUGACUACCGAGGCGGCUACGACGACCCCUACUACGCUUACGACGACGGCUACUCCAUGAGGGGGCGUGGCAGUGGGCGGAGCCGUGGAGCUCCGCCACCGCCCAGAGCUCGCGUGGCCCCGCCCACCCGCGGCAGGGGCGGAUAUCCUCCCAGGGGAGGGGCUCCCAUGGGCGGGGGGCGGGGCCGUGGAGGGGGAAGGGGCGGGCCCUUCCAGCCCCCCCGGGGCCGUGGCACCAGAGGCGCGCGAGGGAACCGCGGCGGGAACGUGGGCGGGAAGAGGAAGGCAGAUGUGUUUAACCAGCCAGACUCCAAACGCCGACAGACCAACCAGCAAAACUGGGGCUCGCAGCCCAUCGCCCAGCAGCCCCUGCAGCAGGGCUCCGACUACGCCGCCGGCUACGGCUACAGCAACGACUCGCUCGAGUUCUCCCAGGACUCCUACGGCCAGCAGUGGAAGUAGCCCCGCAACCCGCCCUCGUCCUGAGAAACUAGACCGCGAUUGGCCAGCAGUGUUUGUUUGACUUUUCUAUCCUCCAAUAGCCCUGUAGAUUCUGUCCGUGGCCCCCGCGGGACGUUUGUCUUAAACAGACACAACACUUUUAUUCCCACAUCCUCCUCCUGGUUUUAAACUCCACUAUGAACAUUUUAGUGCUGUCAGACGAUUAAUCGUGAUUAAUCACAUGCAACACAUACCUUUUUGAUUACAUAAUGUAGGUAUAUAAAUACACACACAUGCAAUAGAUAUUUAGAAAAUAUUUACAUUAUAUUCAUGUAAUUUAUAAUAUAUAUGAAUAUUUAAUCACAACACUUUUUUUUUUUUUUAAUAUACAUGCAUGUGUGUAUUUAUAUAUGCAUAAUAAAUAUACACAGUACACAUACUAUGUAAACAAAAGCUUUUAUUUUGAAUGCAAUUAAUUGUUGCCCAGCACUACGUAAUAUAUGUGUGUGUAUUGUAUUUAUAUAAACAUAAUAAACACACAUGCAAUAGAUAUUUUGAAAAUAUUUACAUGUAUUUACAUGAAUAUAUAUUCAUAUAACAUAUAUAUAUAUAUAUAUAUUUAAAAUAUAAACAUUACACAUUUUUCUUAACAAUAUACAUGCAUGUGUGUGUAUUUAUACAUACAUAAUGUGUGUGUGUGUAUACUUAUGUAAACAAAAGCUUUUAUUUUUGGAUGUGAUUAAUCGCGAUUAAUCGUUUGACAGCAUGUGAAUAUUUUAAAGAAGACACUGAUACUUCUGCGCAAAGGUGUGUGUGACAUGAGGGACGUUCAAUCAUGAAAUGGCCUUCCAGAAAGAUGUUGUCCUUCCUCCGUUCUCAUCGUCUCUCUCUCUCAGUGCUAGUGGCGUAGGGACUCGCUUGUAAAUAACGGCUGUCGACUAGAGCUUCCUUUCGGCGUUUCCUUUUACUUUUUGUCGUUUUUUUUGCAGAAGUGGAGAAAAGAAUCCACGAGAAGGAAAAAAAAAGUUUUGUAGCAGGAGUGCUGUUUAAGUGUCUGUUUAGCAUUUCUAGAAGUAGUCGAAUUGUGUUUUUUAAAAACUGAUAUACUGAUAUUAUAACUUGAGAUGUUUGGUUUUUUUUCCAUUUGGGGUUUGCUGGUGAGGGUUUGGUCUGGCUUACCUUAAGAGCUACGGCCCGCUGGUCUGAUGUUUGUAUUUAUAACUUUUAUUUUUUGUUUGUUCAGUUUCAAUAAAACUCAAUCGAGCAACUUC